CAAACUAUAGCUGCGGCGCUCAGAUUUUAACUGAUUUCAAGGAACAAUGUCUCAUAGAAAGUUUGAGCACCCAAGACAUGGAUCAUUGGGGUUUCUACCAAGGAAAAGGGCCUCUCGUCACAGAGGAAAAGUGAAGGCCUUUCCUAAGGACAGUCCAAAACAAGAAUGCAGGUUGACUGCUUUCCUUGGAUACAAAUCUGGUAUGACACACAUUGUUCGUGAAGUUGAAAAGCCCGGAUCAAAACUACACAAGAAAGAGACUUGUGAAGCUGUUACUAUAAUAGAAACUCCUCCAAUUGUGGUUGUUGGUGUUGUUGGAUAUGUCAAAACUCCAAGAGGUCUCCGCUGCUUGAAUACUGUGUGGGCACAACAUCUCAGUGAGGAUGUUAAGAGGAGGUUUUAUAAAAAUUGGUGCAACUCGAAAAAGAAGGCUUUCACAAAGUAUUCAAAGAAGUUUGAUAGUGAAGAGGGCAAGAAGGACAUCCAAGCACAAUUGGAUAAAAUGAAGAAAUACUGCACUGUCAUUCGGGUUUUGGUUCAUACACAGAUACGAAAGAUGAAAGGACUUAAGCAGAAGAAAGCUCAUGUGAUGGAGAUUCAAGUCAAUGGCGGUGAUAUUGCAAAAAAGGUUGAUUAUGCAUAUAGCUUUUUUGAGAAGCAAGUUCCUGUCGAUGCUGUUUUCCAGAAAGAUGAGAUGAUUGACAUUAUUGGAGUGACGAAGGGUAAAGGAUAUGAGGGUGUAGUCACCCGAUGGGGUGUUACCCGCCUUCCUCGUAAGACACACCGUGGGCUUCGUAAGGUAGCUUGCAUCGGUGCUUGGCAUCCUGCAAGGGUAUCGUUUACUGUUGCUCGAGCUGGGCAAAAUGGAUACCAUCACAGGACCGAACUGAACAAGAAGAUCUACAAAUUGGGAAAGGCUGGUCAAGAGUCUCAUUCUGCCAUGACUGAGUUUGACAGGACUGAAAAGGACAUUACACCGAUGGGUGGGUUUCCACACUAUGGUGUGGUGAAGGAUGACUAUCUCCUGAUUAAAGGCGGCUGCGUUGGGCCAAAGAAGCGUGUUGUGACUUUGAGGCAGUCACUGUUGAAACAAACUUCUAGGGUUGCUUUGGAGGAGAUUAAGCUCAAGUUCAUUGAUACGUCCUCCAAAUUCGGUCAUGGCCGCUUCCAGACGACGGAGGAGAAAGCCAAGCUCUUUGGCAAGCUCAAGGCUUGAUUCAACAUUCUUGUCAAGGUCCCCCUUAUUCAACUCUACUUUAUUUGCUUUCACCAGUUGGAUUUUUGAAAUUUUGACAUAUGGAAUUUAUCUCGUUGCAUUUUAAUAGAACUCAUCUGUUUUUGUUUAA